AUGACUUUGAAUUUGGGUGAUAAUAGUUUCUCGUGCUCACUUCCAAGCUCCUUGGGAUCUCUAACUUCUCUUGAAAUGCUAAGUUUACGUGGUAAUAAAUUCUCAGGAGAAUUGCCUUUAUAUUUACAGAAUUGUACAAAGUUGAAAUUCCUGGACUUGAGUGAUAAUGAAUUAUCAGGAGAAAUACCUAUGUGGCUCGGGCAGCGGCUUCCAUCUUUGGUUUUUCUUAGCCUUCAAAGGAAUCAGUUCAGGGGAAGGAUUCCUCAUCAACUUUGUGAAUUGAAAUAUCUACAAAUCUUAGACCUCUCUGUAAAUAAAAUAUCUGCUUCCAUACCACCGUGCCUCAAAAAUUUCAAUUCCAUGGCAAAAAAAGUGAGUUUAGAUAGAAGGAUUGAGCUUCACCUGUUAGAUCAACCGUAUGUGAGAUCGUUGAUUGAUGUUAGGUAUGUUGAUGAGGCAUUGAUUACAUGGAAGGGAACAAAGCAAAACUAUCCACAACUUGGACUGCUACUAGCCAUUGAUCUCUCGUGUAACAAAUUAACUGGAGAGAUUUCUGAAGAAUUAAAUAGUCUUCAAGAACUGGUUGCAUUGAACUCACAAGAAAUUUUUUACGGAAAAAUUCUUCAAAAGAUUGGGCAUCUAAGACAACUAGAGAAAAAUUCCAACCAGACUCAACUACUGAGCUUUGAUCCUUCUUCAUUUUCCCAUAAUAGAGGACUUUGUGGUCCUCCUGUUUCACCGAAUUGCUCAAUGGUGGAACCACCUCCGCAAACCCGCAGAAGAGGCAAAGCCUUCCUAGUCCAGAAAAUCAAAAAGAAAAGGACCCUGCACCCACUUUUAAACCCAACUUCGACGACGAAGAAGGAAUCUCCGAUGAUGCGGUCACGGGGCGUUCAGGUGGUGGCAGAGAAGUGUCAAGCGUAUGUGGCGACGACUGGCCUAGAGGUGGCUGCUAGGAGCGGUGGUUGA